GUAUAUAUUAACACAUUCACACCCAUGUACCGCAAGUUCUCUUACAUCGACCUCCUUGCUGUCGCACUGUAAGACGUUCCGUUCGGACGGAAUUUCAACCUUCACUAUCACCUGCCAAUAAAUACAAUGCGUGAGUGCAUCUCCAUCCACGUGGGCCAGGCUGGUGUCCAGAUUGGCAAUGCAUGCUGGGAGCUCUAUUGCCUGGAGCACGGCAUCCAGCCAAAUGGGCAGAUGCCCAGUGAUAAGACCAUCGGAGGAGGGGACGACUCCUUCAACACCUUCUUCAGUGAGACGGGAGCAGGCAAGCACGUCCCCAGGGCUGUGUUUGUGGAUCUGGAGCCCACUGUAAUUGAUGAAGUGCGCAGUGGGACUUACCGCCAGCUGUUCCACCCUGAGCAGCUCAUCACUGGAAAAGAAGAUGCUGCCAACAACUACGCUCGCGGCCACUACACCAUCGGCAAAGAGAUCAUCGACCUGGUGCUGGACAGGAUCCGCAAACUGGCGGACCAGUGCACAGGCCUGCAGGGCUUCCUGGUCUUCCACAGCUUUGGAGGAGGUACCGGCUCUGGUUUCACCUCCCUGCUGAUGGAACGCCUGUCCGUUGACUACGGCAAGAAAUCCAAGCUGGAGUUCUCCAUCUACCCAGCUCCCCAGGUGUCCACAGCUGUGGUGGAGCCCUACAACUCCAUCCUGACCACCCACACCACCUUAGAGCACUCUGACUGCGCCUUCAUGGUCGACAACGAGGCCAUCUAUGACAUCUGCCGUAGAAACCUCGAUAUCGAGCGCCCCACCUACACCAACCUCAACAGGCUCAUUGGCCAGAUUGUAUCCUCCAUCACAGCCUCCCUACGAUUUGAUGGUGCCCUCAAUGUUGAUCUGACAGAGUUCCAGACCAACUUGGUGCCCUAUCCCCGAAUCCACUUCCCUCUGGCUACCUAUGCCCCAGUGAUCUCUGCUGAGAAGGCUUACCAUGAGCAGCUUUCUGUGUCUGAGAUCACAAAUGCCUGCUUUGAGCCAGCCAAUCAGAUGGUGAAAUGCGAUCCCCGUCACGGCAAGUACAUGGCCUGCUGCCUGUUGUACCGUGGUGACGUGGUGCCCAAAGACGUAAACGCCGCCAUCGCCACCAUCAAGACCAAACGCACCAUCCAGUUUGUGGACUGGUGCCCCACUGGUUUCAAGGUUGGCAUCAACUACCAGCCGCCCACCGUGGUUCCUGGUGGAGACCUGGCCAAGGUGCAGAGAGCGGUGUGCAUGCUGAGCAACACCACCGCUAUCGCCGAGGCCUGGGCCCGCCUGGACCACAAGUUCGAUCUGAUGUACGCCAAGCGCGCCUUCGUGCACUGGUACGUGGGAGAGGGCAUGGAGGAGGGAGAGUUCUCCGAGGCCAGAGAAGACAUGGCCGCCCUGGAGAAGGAUUAUGAGGAGGUGGGGGUUGACUCCAUCGAAGGUGAAGGAGAAGAGGAGGGAGAGGAGUACUAAACUGGAGAAUUUCAGUUACAGGCUGCAAACAUCAACACAAUUCGCAUUUCACAGUCACAGUUCAACAAACAUUGGCAGCCAUUGUGUGGGCUGAUAAAUAAAAAUUCCAGUCUAAAAUGA